UGAGUCUCUCCAGGGUUUAAGAACAUAGCCUCUUCUGCUUUCUUCUCUCUCUCUGUGUCUCUCCUAUGGCAACACUCUGCUCUUGCUCUGCUUCACUAUCAGACUCAGCAGAAACCCCAUACCCAGAAUAAAAGGAAAAGGCCCCUGAAGCCCCACUCUAUUUACAGGAUUACCACCAGCCACACCCACCAACACGGCUUCUUGUAUAAACAAGCUGGGCAGAGUUGGGAGAGUCAUGGCUAUGGGGUUCAACACCCAAAAUGGUCUCUUUAGACCCUCUUCUUCCUUCUUUUUACGCCCUUCUUCCCAUGAUACUUUCUCUUCUUGUUCCCACUUCGCUUCCUCUAUAGUCCUGCAAAGACGAGGAGGGUGCACAAUCCAGAAUGACGAGAAUUUGCCUUGGAAGCUUGAGUUUUUUUCUAAUUCAGAACCUAGGAUGCUUCGCAAACCAACUCUUAAGAUUGAAGGUCGUAGUGUUAACAGAAGUAGUGCUUUUCUUGAUGCUUUCAACAGUACUUUGCCUGGUAGCCCAUUGGUCCGUCCUGCUAAAAAAUGGGAAGAAGCAACACAUGAGCUUCAAGAUAAAAAGAAAAAACAUCAGCAUGAUAUUUGCAAACAUCCUAGUAAUCAACCACAUGCAACAACUAGUCUGGUAAAUGCAUCUUCUACAAAUAGUGAACAACAUGUUUUAACUUCUGAUCGUGCUGCACCUGACUCAGCUUCUGCUGAACAAACAUGUGGAGGCAACAGCGAUAUAGCCAUGAAAAAUGUGAAUGGUCAGGGCAACAGCAAUAUAGCAAUGAAAGAUGUGAAUGGUCAGAAAUGUUUGUCCUCAUCAAGGAGCUUGGAGAAAAUUAGAAAACCAAGUCCUGAACUUACCAAUGGUUUAGGCAAAGAGUUCACUACAACUAAACGGUCAUCUCAGCAGCUGGAUCUUCGCAAGAGGCUUAAUAGCAUCUAUGACAGUGUUCUUCUUGUUGAUAAUAUCACUAUAGCAAAGGAAGUAGUUGGGAUGCUUACAAACAAGUAUAGACAUCUUGUCCAUGCAUGUGAUACCGAGGUAGCGAAGAUAGAAGUGAAGCAAGAAACACCUGUUGAUCAUGGGGAAAUCAUAUGCUUUAGUAUAUAUUCCGGGCCAGAAGCAGAUUUUGGAAAUGGGAAGUCCUGUAUCUGGGUUGAUGUCCUUGAUGGUGGUGGUAGGGAUCUUUUGGUUGAAUUUGCUCCAUUCUUUGAAGACCCAUUGAUAAAAAAGGUUUGGCACAACUAUAGCUUUGAUAACCAUAUUAUUGAGAACUAUGGGCUUAAGGUCUCUGGUUUUCAUGCUGACACAAUGCACAUGGCACGGUUAUGGGAUUCAUCAAGACGAACAAAGGGUGGGUAUUCUCUUGAAGCACUUACCAGUGAUAAAAAGGUUAUGUCUGGAAUUCAAUUGGGCCUUGAAGAAGAUUUGUUUGGUAAAAUCUCGAUGAAAAACAUCUUUGGCACGAAAAAAAUUAAAAAAGAUGGAUCUGAAGGCAAGAUUAUCACCAUUUCUCCUGUUGAAAUUCUACAAAGAGAAGAGCGGAAACCAUGGAUUUGUUAUUCUGUUUUAGAUGCAAAAAGCACACUAAAGCUUUAUGAGAGCUUAAAAAGCCAACUGUCACAAAUGCGAUGGAAACUUGAUGGGAAAACAGUUGAUGGAAAACACAUGUUUGACUUUUAUGAGGAAUACUGGCGGCCAUUUGGUGAGCUUUUAAUUAAAAUGGAAACUGAGGGAAUGCUGGUUGAUCGGAAAUAUCUUGCUGAGGUGGAGAAGGUAGCCAAAGCCGAACAAGAGAUUGCUGUAAAUAGAUUUCGCAACUGGGCAUCUAGGUAUUGCUCUGAUGCCCAGUACAUGAAUGUGGGGAGUGAUGCACAACUGCGCCAGCUAUUUUUUGGUGGCAUUGCAAACAGCAAGGACCCUGAUGAAACUCUUCCAAUUGAGAGGAUUUUCAAAGUUCCCAAUGUUGAUAAAGUGAUUGAAGAUGGCAAGAAGAGUCCCACAAAAUAUCGCAAUAUUAGUCUGAGUAGAAUCCUUGAUGAACCGUUACCAACUGACAUCUUCACAGCAUCUGGUUGGCCCUCUGUUAGUGGUGACGCUUUGAAGACCCUGGCUGGAAAGGUUUCUGCAGAAUAUGAUUUUGUGAAUGAUGAGCAACCAGAUGACAACAUUGAAAGUGCCUCUGAAAAUGAAGUUUCAGAAGAACAAAAAUCAACUGUGGAUGAGGAUAAAUCUGCUUAUGGAAUAGCUUUUCAAGCUUUUGAGAAGGAGGAGGACGGGAGGGAGGCUUGUCAUGCCAUUUCUGCUUUAUGUGAAGUUUGCUCCAUUGACUCCUUGAUAUCCAACUUCAUACUCCCCUUGCAGGGAAGUAAUAUAUCAGGGAAGAAUGGGCGUAUUCAUUGUUCAUUAAAUAUCAACACGGAAACCGGGCGCUUAUCAGCUAGGAGACCAAAUUUACAGAAUCAGCCUGCUUUAGAGAAGGACCGGUAUAAGAUCCGUCAGGCAUUCAUAGCUUCACCUGGGAAUUCCCUUAUCGUAGCAGAUUAUGGACAGCUGGAACUUAGGAUUCUUGCACAUCUUGCCAGUUGUAAGAGCAUGAUGGAUGCCUUUAGACUUGGUGGAGAUUUCCAUUCAAGGACUGCAAUGAAUAUGUACCCAUAUAUUCGUGAAGCCAUUGACAAAAAGCAUGUGCUUCUUGAGUGGCAUCCUCAACCGGGUGAAGAUAAACCCCCAGUUCCACUAUUAAAGGAUGCCUUUGCUUCUGAAAGGAGGAAAGCUAAAAUGCUUAACUUUUCAAUUGCAUAUGGAAAAACUCCAGUGGGGCUUUCCCGGGAUUGGAAGGUUUCUGUUCAGGAAGCAAAGAAAACAGUUGAUCUGUGGUACAGUGAUAGAAAAGAAGUGUUGAACUGGCAAGAAGAGCGUAAAAAAGAAGCCCGUGAGAAAAAUUGCGUACACACAUUGCUAGGACGAGCCCGCCAGUUCCCUUCAGUGGCCCAUGCUACGAACUCUCAAAGAGGUCACAUUGAGCGGGCUGCUAUCAAUACCCCAGUACAGGGUAGUGCUGCUGAUGUAGCCAUGUGUGCUAUGUUAGAGAUAUCAAAAAAUGCACGGUUGAAGGAGCUCGGGUGGAAACUGCUUUUACAGGUUCAUGAUGAAGUUAUCUUGGAAGGACCAACAGAGUCGGCUGAGGUUGCGAAGGCCAUAGUUGUUGAGUGCAUGUCCAAACCCUUCAAUGGCAAGAAUAUCCUUCAAGUUGACCUAUCGGUUGAUGCCAAGUGUGCUCAAAACUGGUAUUCGGCCAAGUAAUAAGUGGAUCCCCCCAAUUGCAACAAAUGAUGCUGGAUUUUGGUUCAAAACUCUGGUGUGUGGUAGCUGAUUGACAAUGAUGGAGUUUCUGUGCUAGCAAUGUGAGAAUUAUCUUUGACAAUGGUACAUCUGCAAGCGAGUUGAAAGUUUUUCCCCUGCGAAAUCAGGCUUCAUCAUAUGAGCAGAUGUAAAAUUUUCUGCCAUAUUUGAUGUUGCAGCAUUUCCAAUUUGGCAAGUGGUUGAGGAUGCAUGCGGUGCCUCGGUGGCCCUGUAAUUCUUGUGAUGAAGGCCCCUGUAAUUCUAGUGACGAAAGUGGGUGCACUGGGAUGUAGAAUGUAGAUUGAGCUUUGUAUAUAUGAAAUCUUUCCAUUUUAGUCGGUUUUUUCCAUGUAACUUGAUGAAUACUCAGAUUCAGUGUUUUUGUAAAAGAAACGAAAGCCCAAGUCCAUUUUCUGUGCAUUUAUUUAAUUAAUUCUAUUUUUUGUUAUCAUUUAUGUU